AUGAUAGGUUAUGACAAAAAUUUAAAAAAUGGGCUGAAUAAUAGUGAAAAUUUUCCUGCUCAUUCUUCUAAACGUGAAAAUGAUGAAGAAGCAACAGAAAUGCAAAUUUUCCAAGCGUGUAAUUGCGCUGAAUUUCUGGUCUUCUGUGAAUUUUUACGAUAUUCCUUGGAGAAAAAAUUUGCGAAAGAUUUUAAAACAUUUUAUGAAGUUGCACAACAUGCACUGCCGUACUGGAAUAAGUUGCCUGCUGAUGAAAAACAAGGCUGGAUUCAGAGAGCUAACAUGGAAGAGAAAGCUAAUCGAUUUUUAUUAAACUGUAAAACUCACAGAUAUAUGAGGAAAAAACUAUCUAAUGAUAAGUUAGAAGAAAUUGGCAGGUUAGCACUUCAAACAUCACUAAUUCCUAGUGAAGAAAUGAAGGUUUCAACUGUUGUUGAAUCUAAAAAAUCUAUGAAAAUUUUCGAACCAUUAGAUCAAGCUGAAAGCAGCACAAAAAACGAGUCGAAUAAAUCAAUUGGUUGUCCGAUUCGUUGGCUGACUUGUGCAAAGAAAUAUGGUUCGAAUUCGAAUUUACAAGAUGAAACAUUAAUUCGCAACUAUGAUCAUAUAAAUCAAAGCUCUGUUAGCAUUUAUAAGAUUACUUUAGGACUGCGAUUAGUAGAAUAA